AAUUUAAUAUUUCAGUCCUGACGUCAGGGUGCCUAUAAAACUAAGCAAUGCUUUUUAACUCGUCGGCUGACUGAUGCCUUAGAAAAAAAGAUCUAUCAAUCCUAGGGUGGAGUUUUUUUCUUUUUCUCCACAAAGCAACUGUUUGCCCGGGACACGUGCGUGAACCUCCUCAAUUUGGCGCACUAAUCCUAAAAGGAGCCAUGAAGUGUUAAAUGGUAGAAACAGAGACAGCGGCGCUCAGACACCCGCACGCUGGGAGAGAGGGAGGAAACAGCGCUGCUCCAAUGCGUCUGUGCAACACAGACUGAAGAAAAAAAAAAACUUAUCGACUCACAAAACCAAAACCUGCGCUGCGCAAUUAGUGCGUGAAAAACCACUUUUUCUCCGGUUUUGAAGAAAAUAAAUAAAGAAAUCAAGCUGGCUCAGUGCGUGUCUCAGCAGCCCACUUUGACAGGUGCUCCUCACCCCCUUUGGAGGACUGUCAACAGCAAGAGGAUGGCAUCAGAGCUGGCAAUGAGCAACUCCGACCUGCCCACCAGUCCCCUGGCCAUGGAAUAUGUUAAUGACUUCGAUCUGAUGAAGUUUGAAGUGAAAAAGGAGCCGGUGGAGCCCGAUCGCAGCAUCAGCCAGUGCAGCCGCCUGGUCGCCGGGGGAUCCCUAUCUUCCACCCCGAUGAGCACGCCUUGCAGCUCGGUUCCCCCCUCGCCAAGCUUCUCGGCGCCCAGUCCGGGAUCAGGGAGCGAACAGAAGGCACACUUGGAGGAUUUCUACUGGAUGACCGGGUACCAACAGCAGUUGAACCCCGAGGCUCUGGGCUUUAGCCCGGAGGACGCCGUAGAGGCGCUGAUCAGCAGCAGUCACCAGCUCCAGACCUUCGAUGGCUAUGCCAGGGGGCAGCAGUUCGGCGGCUCAGCCGGGGCAGGAGGCGCCAUGGCCGGGGAGGAGAUGGGAUCAGCGGCCGCCGUGGUGUCCGCAGUUAUCGCUGCAGCCGCAGCUCAGAACGGGAACCCCCACCACCACCACCACCAUCACCACCACCACCACGCUGGGGGACACCAUCCCUCCUCCGGGUCUCAAUCCGGCGGCGGCGUGGGGGGAAAUCACCAGCACCUGCGCUUGGAAGACCGCUUCUCGGACGAGCAGCUGGUGACCAUGUCGGUGCGGGAAUUGAACCGGCAGCUCCGGGGGGUCAGCAAAGAAGAGGUGAUCCGGCUGAAACAGAAGAGGAGGACGCUAAAGAACAGAGGCUAUGCCCAGUCCUGCCGGUACAAGCGGGUCCAGCAGCGGCACGUCUUGGAGGGAGAGAAGACGCAACUCAUUCAGCAGGUGGACCACCUCAAGCAGGAGAUCUCCCGGCUGGCCAGGGAGAGGGACGCCUACAAGGAGAAAUACGAGAAGCUGAUAAGCACCGGCUUCAGAGAAAACGGAGGAUCCAGCAGCGACAACAACCCCUCGUCCCCGGAGUUUUUCAUGGUGGAGCUGGAGCCGAGCCCGACCCCGUGUUUUACCUGCAUCUCAAUGAAGCGAGAGAGGACGUCAAGAAAAUUCCUCCAUCUGUGAAAGAGAGCUGUGUCUUCCCCGUCCCUCCACCCUGGAGUCUGAGAUAUCAUGACACUGGAAUGCUGAUGUUUCAAGAGCAACCUACGGCACCCAGACUGCCAUAAAGCACAAUGUCUCAAAAGCGUCCCAACAGCGGCUUCAGGGCAACCAAUCCACAGCAAACCCAAAGCCAGAGUCCAAUAUUGAAACAAUCAUGAUAAAAUAAUAACAGAAGACUGAAAUCACUCACAUUCUUCUACUCUAACAACAAGGAAGGAAGAAACACAGAAAUUAAAGAUCCUGGACUCUGGAAAUUCUCCAGCUGCAUUUGCUAUUCAAAUGGACACAAAUCAUCCCACAAAUGACUCCAAAUUGUAAUUUAGAUUAACCAGAGUGUAGAUUAUUAAUACGUAGGUUGACUCACAUAGCAAACCGAAAAAAAAUAUGAUGUCCACACCCCUUUAGCACAUGCCCAGAAAUCAGGAUAUUGUAAAUAUUGUACAGAAAACGAAUAGGGACAUUGAUAAGAAAUAAAAUUAUUGCAGAAUAAUGUAUAUAGCCAUAAGGAUCAUACCUCUAGUGUGUUUAUAUAUUCACAAGUGUCACAUGCUCAUUACUCCUUAUUUCUUCUAUGCCCAAAAAGAUUUAGCACAACGAUUAUACCAACGCUCCCUGUAUCUCAAUAGGAAACAUCUACGUAGAACUAGACAAAAAGGAUACUGACUUUGAUUGGGAAGACACAAUAUUUGCCAUAUAAUGCACUAUUGCUGGAAACAGAUGCAUAUGCCAUAGAGUGUAUGCUUAAUAGACAACCCUGUAAUGUUAGCAAGACAGGUCAUUUGCUUCUUUGAACUUUGCUCUUUUAAACAGACAGCCGAGAAAUGGAGAAGACUUGAGAGAGUUAUAAAAAGCAAAAACAGAGAAAGAAUCAACUUUAAGAGAUCCCUGAAUUCGUCCCAAAUCUUCUCCCGACCCCACCUCCCAUUGUAAACUACCACAGCAGAGCUGAACACAAACUUUAAUUUCUUCGGUAGAGUGUAUAUGAACCCCCUUCUGUAUUGUAAAUGUAGUGUGUUUUUGCCCCUGUUGUGACGUGACAUAUCCAGAUGGACUUCUGUGGUUUGGCAGCUCUCUUGUAUUGUGCAGUCAAAGUACAGUUAACUUUUAUUCAGUUUAUACCUAACUGGACAUCACCUUUGGACAUCGCCAGAUUCCUCUUUGAUUCCUGUUUGGCUAGUCCACCUCCACCUCCUCCUCCUCUGUCCAUCAGAGGGCCUGUAUGCCUGCUGACCUCUCCGCAACCAGGCGCUCGCUCAGCUCCCACAGGCUGGCAGCGCAGCUCUGGUCCUGGGCCUGGGUGGACGGCACACACCGGAAGCAGUUGUUGAAGUACAUGCCGCCUAAACCCUCCAGCUCCGGAGCUACGGCGCAGUACACCGUGGUGGCCGCCCCUUGUUGCUAUGGACAGAGAAACACACAGAAAGAAGAUCAGCGGGUGAAUCAUGAAACAACGGGAUGGCGUCAGCCUACAGGAGGAGACAGAAUACAGCAUUCACUGACUCAGACAUUAGGACGUGUCCUGUCCAGAGAAAGAGAGGACAAACAGCGGACACCGACCGCAUUGCUAUGUCUUCUGUGAGACACAUACAUCUACACACACAAACAUACACACACACACAGAAAAAGAGACAGCAGGACGGAGUGUCUACAGGAAAAAAAAAGGAAGAAAAAAAAAGACUCCACACGCUGUCUCUCCCUUCUCCCUGCAGCCCAUGAUGACUGGGUCAUAUUACCAUGGGAACAGCAUUACCCCUUACUGUACAUAUAUUUAUAUACAUAUAUUUAUUUAUUUAUUUCUCUACCCGGUGUGUACAGGACCUCUGGCUAUAUGGGACCACAAGAAUGCUCCAGAUGUAUAGACUCACAGCGGAGAAUGUGAGAUCAUGAAAAUGACACCAGCUCCUGUCUGGAAGGGAAUCACCAGGAAAACCACAGCUUUUAUGUAUAGUGUAAAAGAACAGGUUUUAAUGCCAUGGUUAUGAAUAUGUAUAUUUUCACAUGAUGUGUAUAUGGGUUCAGCCAGGCUUUCACAGUUGAGAAUAAGUAUUGGAAAUGAUGCAAGUACAAUUCUGUACCUUACGUGUUUAAAUCAGAAGUUGGUUGGUCGUAGACACACACACACACACACACACACACACAGUGUUUUCCCUCCAGCUCUUUCUCAGCAACUCCGCUCUCAAUUUUUUAGGCAAGUUUAAAUCUGAAGAUCACCCAGAGACUGACUCUGUUUCAUGUCGUCUCAAGCCGAGACGCAGUGUAAAAGUAAAACAGUAUUUGGACGCAACCUGCUAAGUUCUGUAAUACACCCUGUCCCAUCAGUCAGUAAUUAGUAGGGAUAUUCUUGGAGGAGGAAGAUUUCUGUGACAUUUGAAAAUGAAAGUUGAAACUGCAGCAGAAUAAACACGUCAGAGAGAAUUACACACAUAACCCAACUGCUCAAAGAGGGAUCUUUCAUGUUGCAGCUCGGGCUAAAAGCUGCUGUGACAGCUUCCCUGCAAACUCCGGGGCUGGAGACGACUUCUAUACGGCCACAUGAAAUGGCUCGCCUCUUUAUCUCCCAAUGAGAGGCAGCGAGAGCGAGAUGGGGGGCAGAGAGAGUGAGAGGGAACACUGAUGUGGAGGCUGAGGACUAAUGUUUAGCACAGAGCACUGGCACACAGUGAGACAACCCUUAUAUACGCAGCAGUCAAACAUGGGCAAGACACAAACAUACACACAUGCAUAAUGGAGCCAUAUUACAUGCCAACUGUUUGAACAGCUUCCUAAAGCAGCUGUGAGACAAACACACAUGAAGUGGAAAGAUCCAUUGAGGUCUAAAGCAUUUAUACUUUCACAUGCAAGUACAAAAAUAUGCACAGAAAUGCAAAUGCAACAAACAAAAUACACACACCAACCAGAUUCCAAGAAAUAUUUUUCUCAUCAACACACACAAACACACACGCACACAACCCCCUCUGAGCUCUAAGUAAACUUCCGCCAGGAGGAGCCCUGGUGUGUAACGUCGCAGCAGCAGAUUGAGUGUGUUUGAAGUGCAGUGUGAUGAGAGAGCUGGUAAACAGCAGAUGAAAAGGCAGCAUCUCUCUGUGCGCCGCUGUCUGUCUCACCUGCCAGUGGGGCGAUAACUUCAUCCACAUCACAUGUCGCCAUAUCAAAGACAGACAAAUGCCAAGCAGUGUCUCUGAGUUGCAGGUUCACACGCGCUCAGUUUAACUCAUCUCCCUCGCUUAGGGCAUCUGAUUUAGCUCGUCUGAAAGCUAAAUGCCUUUUAAACUCCACUGAAGAUUUCAGUGCUGCAUGCUCUGACUCGCUGACGCCCCCUUGAACUUGGCUGACUUUCAAAGCAGUUUGUUUGUGACCAGUUACCAAACACUGGUCCUGCUGCAAGUUGAAAUAUUGAUUAAAAAAAAAACUUUUACAAUCCAGAUGUAUGUUGCUGACUUCAUAAUGAUGUCCUCAGUAUUUUAUUUUUUUUUUUUUUUAUGAAAGUGCUUCCAUUUUUUUCCUAGAAAAGCAAGAAUCGGCACUACUGUUUCUCUGCAACAGUCCAGUUAGCAGUACACGGAGCAGUACAUUGACUGUGUGUCCAGCAAUGUGCUAUCUUAUUGGUGUUUAGCUCAUCCCCCUCACCACUUGACCCUGUGACCUCUAUAGAAGAUAAGGCUGAUGAGAUUAGGCAUUAACAUGCUCAACCACCCACCACAGCCAUCUAUCAUUGUGUGUGUGUGUGUGUGUGUGUGUGUGUGUGUGUGUGUGUGUGUGUGUGUGUGUGUGUGUGUGUGUUUGCAGAUAGAAGGAAAGGGGUGUGCAAAGUAGUACGAAAGAGGGGGUGUGCAACAACCUUGAUACACUUACGUCACACAAUUAAACACAUACAGUAUUCAUAUGUGCAUGCCUGAACACGAGCAUGCGCCUGCACACAAGCACGAACAGAUACGCAAUUACACACAUGGGACAAUCUACAUUAAAGGUAAUAUCACUGAACCAGUGUGCAUCAUACACAUCUGUGGUGUAACAGCCAUUUCUAACCCAUGUGAAACUGUAGAUUAUGCCUGUAAAUUUAGCUGUCUACAAACUGAUGGAUUUUUGCUGUGUGUCUUUCUAUCUUCUGCAACUAAAUGUGAAUCAUUA